AUGACAAAAGACCACACAAAAUGUGCUGGUCCAUCUGACUUUGCCAUUCCACGUCCAAUUUCUUCUGACGGUCAGCAAGCCCUUAUUGAUCUGCAUAAUCAAUAUCGUGCUGCUGUUCCGGCAGCGAAUAUGCUUAAGACCUAUUGGGAUCCAGAACUAGCAACAAUGUCACAAAACCAUUGUAAUAUGUGUGGAUUUGAUCAUGAUCUAGCUGAAAAUCGUAUUUCUGUCAAGUAUGGAUGGAAAAAUGGUCAGAAUAUGAUAGUAACAACGGAUCAACGUAGCCCAGCGACUGAUUUAUUUUCAAUGAUGUAUGAUGCUGAACAAAAACGAUUUGCCUUCGGUGUAGGAUGUAACGAUACGACAAAAGCCGGAUGUCUUCAUUAUACGCAAGCUAUGUUAUCUAAUAUUAAUCUGAUGGGUUGUAGUCAAACAGAUUGUAUAUAUCCUGAUCAAGUACAACGAUUUUGUUGUUGUAAUUAUAUUCAAUCACAAUAUGCAAAUAGUUACAUGACUCCAUAUCAGAAAGCAUGCCCAAAUAAUUGUGAUAAAAAAAAAAUGUUAUGUGAUUGUGGUACUAAAGUGUGUCCAAAUGGUCAAUCACUUGAUGCGGUAUGCAAUUGUGGUGAUCCUAAAAAACGACAACACAACAGUAAUGAUGAGAAUGACUCAUUGUACAAACGUUCUGAAGAUAUUUUAGAAGCUGAAGAAAAACGCGAUCAAAAUACGGAAGAAAUCGUAGAUCCUGUUUAUAUUUAUCAUUCACCAACUGGCGAAAUAUCUGGCAGAGAAUUCGUUAAUAUUAGAGCAGAAAAACGACGAAAACAUAACAAUAUUAGACCUGAAAAACGAAAAUUUAAUCAUAUUAUACCAGCAAAACGCAAUGAAAAUACGGAAGAAAUCGUAGAUCCUGUUUAUAUUUAUCAUUCACCAACUGGUGAAAUAUCUGGCAGAGAAUUCGUUAAUAUUAGAGCAGAAAAACGACGAAAACAUAACAAUAUUAGACCUGAAAAACGAAGAUUUAAUCAUAUAACACCAGCAAAACGAAGAUUUAAUCAUAUAACACCAGCAAAACGAAGAUUUAAUCAUAUAACACCAGCAAAACGAAGAUUUAAUCAUAUAACACCAGCAAAACGAAGAUUUAAUCAUAUAACACCAGCAAAACGAAGAUUUAAUCAUAUUAAACCAACAAGAGAUGAAUUAGUUCGCAGUAUUGAUCAAAUGGUUGAUGAACUUGAACAAAAACAACAACGUAGCACAAAUUUAAUGAUGGAACAAAAUGAAAUGGAAGAAAAUAUUUGA